ACAGCAAUACUGACUGCGGUUGCCGUGCCGGUUACUGAUUCGGUGCACUGUCUGACAAGAGGCUCGGUUUCAUACCUACUUAGGCUAAAAACCAAACUAGUUGCGUGCAGAUAUUCGUAGGACAACUGAACUUAAAACGGUUGCAGUGAAUCUUUAUUACCUUUUUAAAGAUUUUUUAUCGUUAAGUUUAAACGCCCUUUAAUCUGGCAAUAUGUCAAUAAUAUUUCCCACUGCUGUGGCUGCCAUCGUUAUCAGCUUACAUGGCCUGUUGUUACCUCACCGGGCAAAGGCCAGUGUUGAAUAUGGCUUGAUAUACGGGGAUAAGUUUUCGCCCAUGGAAUACGCGUUCGAAUGUUUUGGCUUCUCGAUCCCACCGCACGACAUGUUCAGAAAGCUUACGGGCCCGCUUUUCAGACACUGUACUGUGCCAGAUAUCGCUACAGUCGGUGGAUCCGCUCAACUUGGCGAUCCGCUGAAGGUCAAGUACCAGUUUCAUUACAAGUGUAGCCGCCCCAUGAGUAGGAGCAGUUGGAAUCCACCUGUUCUUCGCUGUGUACCGGAGAAUGAUUGCGAUUCUUGCGUAUCCAUAUACAGCGAAGCCUUGUGUCAGUAUGAUGUCGUUUCCCUGAGUCGCCUCUGGAAUGGUUGUACCCCAAUUGCUGAUGAAAUUACCAAGAUAGAUUCAACCGAGGACGGAGGUGAAAUUGUGAUGGAUUUAAUUCAAGGUCGCAUUAUAGAAGCCGCGGACAAUCGCAAUCCCGGGAAUCACGUGUCAGGCCGACCGUACUGUGACGACGCCAAAAGAGCAUGGUAAUCCAUCCCUGCUUCGUGGCCCCGGUUCUGAUCGUUGUCGACAAGAUGUCAUGCCUACAAAAGGUCACAUGUGGAAGCCGAGUAGAACAGAAUGUGCCGUUUAAAUUAAACUGGUCGGCGUACCAAGACGCCUGGGACAAACUGGCACCAAUUUCCAAGCGUGCCUUGGACCGCGCAUUGCACAGGCUGGUUAAGUGCACCAAUGCCACUGUUUCUGACAGUCAGCAGUGCGGUCGAUGCAAAGCUCAGAGGGAUGUAGCUAGACUGUACGAUGAUGGAUACACAAUGAAGGUGUAACGUGGAUAAAACUGAUCAAGUCUGUUUGCAAUGUACUUCCUUUUCCUCUCAGCAAUGAACAUCAGGUGCUCAUUUUUUCUGUUUUUUAAUCCUUAAAACAA